CACUUUCAGAACAAUGAGUAAGAAAUAGAAAAUAUCUUUUCCCAUUUUCUCUCUAGAAGGCUCUCACUGUUCUACUGUUAACUGACUCAUUUUCUCAACACGGUAUCAGAACCGGGGCAAAUUUGACCGAGUUAUUAAGUUUCUCUUGGAUUUUUUUUUCUCCUUCCAGCGAUUUAACAACCGUGUUUGGUGUGAGCACUAUUUUUUUGGUGAUUUAGGUGAUAUCGAUGGUUGUUCGGCGACUGCGAUAGCUACUUUUUCGAUGUUUUUCAACCAUUUACGGUGAUAUUUUCCCAAUCUCUCUGUUUUGCUAGUGUUGUUUAGCUAUUGUUUGUUAUUUCCAUGGAUUCGACUUCUACUACUACAAGUACUGCUACUACUAUUCUGUAUCCCUCUUCCCCACUGUAUCUCAUUCCCUCUGACUCUCCGGGAACUGUUUUGGUUAAUACGACUUCUAAUUGUACAAGUUAUGGGAGUUGGAGGAGAGGAAUGAUGUUAGGAUUAUCUUAUAAGAACAAGUUAGGGCUGAUAAAUGAUAGUAUACCCAAAUCCGAACCUACUUCUCCAACUUUUGAGCCUUGGAAUCGGUGUAAUAAUAUGGUAGUUGUUUGGAUCCUAAAUAGCCUAGAUAAGGAAAUUAGGGAAAUAGUGAUGUACACUGAAUCUGCUGAAAAGCUCUGGAAGGAUAUAGAAUGGAGAUUUGGACAAGCUAAUGGUUUGAAAUUUUUCCAAAUUCGGAAAGAUAUUUCUUCCAUUACCCAGGGUGACUCUAAUGUUGCCUCAUACUUCAAUCGAAUUAAGAAACUUUGGGAUGAGUUGUGUUGUUCUAUUUUAUAUCCUGAGUGUGAAUGUGGUUGUAAAGAGGCCUUUCAGAAAAUUGAGGAAGAACAGAGGGUUCACCAGUUCCUGAGUUGCCUGAACGAUUCUUACCCUAUCAUUAGGAGGA